UCCGAAUUCUGAGUUUUAACAGCCAAUUAAGCAUCGAGUAGAAAAAGAAACGCUACCCAUUUUAAGUUUUUACUGUCGCUUCACAAUCACACACUUCACCUCACUGCUCAUUCUCCGCUCGUACAUUAUAUUAUCUCUGUGAUUGCUCACUCCUACAUUAUUUUUUUAAAUCUUGCUUUCAGCAUAACCAUGUUUUGAGGUUAUUGCCGGACGGGACAACUACCAGUUGUUGCGCUUCUCUGAAGAUUUUCAGAGGGAUAGAGAGAGAGAGCAAGUUCGAAUCCUUGAUGGUGUCGGGUUCGCUCAGAAUCUUGUGAGCUAGCUUAUACUCGCAUUCACAGCUCAAGUGUACUGUAAUAAGGUACUUACUAAGGCCAAAGUAUCUGCAUUGGUGUGCGCUUGUCGCAGGUGUACUCCAUAAGAGAGCGUGAUGGGUUCUAGAUUCCCAUCUCACCAGCUCAGCAAUGGGCUAUACGUGUCAGGACGGCCUGAGCAGCCAAAAGAAAGGACACCAACAAUGAGUUUUGUUGCCAUGCCUUAUACUGGUGGUGACAUCAAGAAGUCUGGAGAACUUGGGAAAAUGUUUGAUAUCCCUGUGGAUGGCUCAAAGUCAAGGAAAUCAGGACCUUUAACUAGUGCUCCUUCAAGAACUGGAUCAUUUGUGGGAAAUGUUUCACAUUCAGGACCUAUAAAUCCUAAUGCUUCUGGCAGGGCCAGUCACUCAACCUCGGGUCUUGUUUCAUCAAUGAUGGUGACUGGUUCAGCUUCAAUGAAGAAAUCAACUUCUGGCCCUCUUAACAGGCAUGGGGAACCUAUGAAAAGGUCAUCUGGACCUCAAUCGAGCAUAGCAACUGGCCGCCAAUCAGGACCUCAACUGCCAGUUCUCCCAACAACUGGUCUUAUUACUUCUGGCCCCAUCUCUUCUGGCCCUCUGAAUUCUUCUGGGGCACCAAGAAAGGUCUCUGGUCCAUUGGAAACAAUGGGCUCUAUGAAAAAGCCUGGUCCUGGUACUGUUAACAACCACGCUGUGACAACUCUUAGCCAACAUGAUGAAUUCUCCUUCAGGAGAAACUUCCCAAAACCUAUCUUAUGGGCAAUGGUUUUGCUAUUUGUCAUGGGCUUCAUUGCGGGUGGGUUUAUUCUAGGUGCAGUGCACAAUGCUGUGCUCCUAGUUGUUGUCAUAGUUCUAUUUGGCAUUCUUACUGUCCUCUUCACAUGGAAUUCUUGCUGGGGAAGAAGAGCUAUUAUACGUUUCAUUGCUAAAUAUCCAGAUGCUGAAUUAAGAACUGCAAAAAAUGGAGAAUAUGUCAAGGUUUCUGGGGUGGUGACCUGCGGAAACGUUCCUCUUGAAUCGUCCUUCCAAAGGGUUCCUAGGUGUGUGUAUACAUCUUCAAGUUUGUACGAGUAUCGAGGUUGGGGUUCCAAAGCUGCAAAUCCAACACAUCGUCGUUUUACAUGGGGACUCAGAUCAUCAGAAAAGCAUGUAGUCGACUUCUACAUCUCCGAUUUUCAGUCUGGAUUGAGAGCAUUGGUUAAGACUGGGUAUGGAUCAAAGGUCACACCUUAUGUGGAGGAAUCUGUGGUUGUUGAUAUCAACCCUUUGAACAAGGAUUUAUCUCCAGACUUCAUCCGGUGGUUGCGAGAGAGGAAUCUUUCAAGCGAUGACCGCAUAAUGCGAUUGAAGGAAGGGUAUAUCAAAGAAGGAAGCACAGUGAGUGUAAUGGGGGUGGUGCACAGGACUGAGAAUGUGCUUAUGAUUGUGCCUCCCCCAGAACCAGAACCAUUAACAACAGGAUGCCAGUGGAUGAAAUGCAUCUUUCCAGCUAGCCUUGAGGGGAUUAUUUUGAGGUGUGAAGACGCGUCGAGAGCUGAUGUCAUACCUGUUUGAUUCUCAGUAUCCAGUGUAAAAUUCAAUUUUUUUUUCUGUGAUUUGUGCUAUGAUGAUAGUUGUGUGGUUGCAGUAUAUAUAGUGAUAAUGACACUAUGGUAGUAUGCAAUUGAUGAUGAUGCAUGCUUAAGGAUGGUAGAACAUUGCUUGUUUGAACAUAGUGGAUGAAUAUCUAAUUUCUGUAUAGCUCAAGUAGGGUUUUUGUCAUCUAUGUUUACUCUCAAAACAUUUAUGAUUUUGUAAUGGUCAUUUUUUUUAAUGCAAAAUUCUUACCAGUUGAA